UGACUCAGUGUUUAGGAGCAUCUGGGUUCAAUCCCCAGUACCUCCCCGCUGAAAAAAGAAAAGAAAAUGAAUUUGCACUAGAUAUAUCUGUAAUACUUGUGACUAUACAUCUGCACUUCUGUAAUACCAGUGACUCAGGAGAUUGAGACAGGAGAACUGAAAGUUUGAAACCAGCCUCAGGAACCUGGGGAGACCCUGUCUCAGAAUAAAAUUAGAAAAGGCUGGGGGAUAUCAGUUAGUGGUGGAGUGUCCCAGUGUUAAAACUCUAGUACCACCACCACAAAACUAAAUUAAAAAAAGGAAUUGGCAUUGAUCUUUGUACCCAUAGGUUGGGUGUCAAGAAAUACACAAUAGAACUUUUUCUGAGUUGGAUGGUAGUGCAAGUGGAAUUUGAAGUAGAGGAUAGUUUUUACUCAACUGUGUUUCAUGCUCCUACUUGGCUCCUACUUGUUCCCAGUCAAACAUGAUUAUCACCUGUGAUCCAAUUGCUCUGCCUAGUGACCAUGUUAAGUAAUUGUGGAAGGAGAAUGACCAGAAAAACACACCUGUUACUCUGCCUAUUAGCCAUGUGGCAUACCAGGUGUAGCCUGGGCUAUAUGUGAAGAAAGAACAGAUAUUGUUAUCUAAUAAUAUUUAAGUAUAAAGGUGACCACAGUUAUCUCUUUUGAAUUGCUUGUACUUGCAGCACUCCUUGUAUAGUCAGUGUGUUUAUGGACACACAAAUGUUUCCUAGAAAAAGGCUUAGCCAGUCAUGGCUUUUGAUAGAAAUAGAGCAAGUAGGAAUUGGCUGAGCAAUAUCUGGUUGAGGAUCAAAGGUAGAACAUUUAAAGAACUGUCAGCUGUCAGCAUGUUUUAAACUUCUGCAGUGUUGAAGACACUGACUAAAUGCUUGUAUGGUUUGUAUCACUUGAAUCCUCACAGCCUGUGAAGUAGAGACGGGAUCCAGUUCUUGUUCUGCGAAUGCAGCAAGGUUCAGAAAGGUUACUGACCUGCACAAGAUUAUCUGGCAAGAAGGCGGCAGUCAAACUGAAUUUUGUCUCUGACUCCAGAACUUUGUCUUAAUAGCUCUGCCUACCGAUUUUGGCCUAGUUUUAGGGACUCUAGAAAGAAAAUGUGGCCAAACCCAGAUCUUUGCUAAUUUAUCCUGACAUUUUGUGUUCAUCAUUGACACUAUUGCUCUGAUUCUUGUAGCUCAGAAUUGCUCUUGGCUUCUGCCCAUUUCUAAUCAGCACAGUAGCCCUUCUGGAGACAGUUCUCUUUUCUCAUAGAGGCCUCUUCUUACUUUUCUAUGUGCCAGAUCCAUGGGUGAUUUCCCUAAUGCUGGCACUUUCUCUGACAGAAUUGAGGCAGAAUUAGCUGUUGGUGACCUAUCAGUCAGUAGGUUUUAAUUAUCUUCUAUGUCUUUAUCUUUUAUGUCUUACUUCCUUUUGGUAUAGAAUAGCAGUUGAAAGCACAGAAUCUAGAGCCACAGAUCAAACUGAUUCCUACCCCACUUAUAUCCUGGGGUAAGGGUUUUAUUUUUAUUUAUUUAAUAAUAAAUAAGAUGGUGUUAUUUUUUUCUUUUUAUUUAUUCACUGAUUUUUUUGUGGUGUUGGGGAUGAACCCAGGGCCUUUUACCUGUUAGGCAAGUGCUGUACCACUGAGCGACACCCCCAGCUCAUAUCAUAAUUUUUCUGAGCCUCUUCUCAUAACACAGAUAAUAAUCAUGCUUAUUUUACUAUAAAAUACAUAGUACUGAGUAAGCAUUUAACCAUCAGGUAUUUCUAUCCGUUCCAGUGUUUAUGACUAUAGAAAUUAACGUUUGCUUUAUUCAUGCAUUCUGCAGCUAUUGAAAUAUUUGAAGAAACUCUCCACCUUGCCUAUUACAGUAGAUAUCCUUGCGGAGACUGGGGUCGGGAAAACAGUAAAUAGCUUUCGAAAACAUGAGCAAGUUGGAAGCUUUGCCAGGGACCUAGUGGCCCAGUGGAAGAAGCUGGUUCCUGUGGAACGAAACAAUGAGGCUGAUGAACAGGACUUUGAGAAAAGCAAUUCCCGAAAGCGCCCUCGGGAUGCAGUUCAGCGGGAGGAGGAGAUGGAAGGGUACUACCAAGAAAACUGCAAGGCCUCGGGCAGCCGAUCCUAUAGUCCCGAGCACAGACAGAAGAAACACAGAAAACUCUCAGAAUGUGAACAAUCUCACAAAGUGUCUCACAGUCAUGAGAGGAGAGAUGAGAGGAAGAGGUGUCACAGGGUGUCACCUUCAUACUCAUCAGACCCCGAAUCUUCUGACUAUGGCCAUGUCCAGUCCCCUCCAUCCUGUGCGAGUCCUCAUCAGAUGUACACAGACCAUUACAGGUCACCAGAGGAGGACCAUGAGUCCAUUGUUUCACACCAGAAACCUGGAAAAGGCCACAGUAAUGCCUUUCAGGACAGACUGGGAGUUAGUCAAGAACGUCACCUGGGAGAACCCCAGGGAAAGGGAAUCUUGAACCAAAACAAGGAACACAGAUCUUGCCACAAGGAAAAACGCCCUAUAGAUGCCAAGGGUGAUGACAAGGCCUCUGCUUUGGGCAGAGAGAAGCCACACAAAUCCCUCUCAAAAGAAGAGACCCGAAGGCCACUCCAAGGGGAUAGUGCCAAGGAGAGACCACCUUCUAGUGCUGCCAAGAAAGAGAAAGAAAGAGAAGGCAGCAGCCUCAAAAGGAAGUUUUCACCCUCAGAGGUUGCUUCAGACAACCACCUUAAAAAGCCAAAGCACAAGGACUCUGCAAAAACCAAAUCAGACAAAAGCAAGCAACGUGUGGACAGUGCAGACAUUGGAAAAGGGGCUGGAGACCUGUUGCCCAGAACAAAAGAGAAGGUUUCUAACAAUAUAAAGGCUCAAGAAGGGAAAGUAAAGACUUCUAAUUUGGAUAGAAAGUCACUGGGCUCACUCCCUAAGGUAGAGGAGGCAGACGUGGAGGAUGAAUUCGAGCAGCCCACCAUGUCAUUUGAAUCAUACCUCAGCUAUGACCAGCCCCGGAAGAAAAAGAAGAAGAUUGUGAAAACUCCAGCCACAGCACUUGGAGACAAAGGACUUAAAAAAAGUGAUUCCAAAAGCACUAGUAAAAACUUAAACUCAGUUCAGAAAUUACCCAAGGUGAAUGAGAGCAGGUCAGAGAAGCUGCAGCUGGCUGGAGCCGACUCAACCAGGCUGAGAAAGGUCCCUACUGAUGCACUGCCAGUAUUGCCAGACCUCCCCUUACCCACCAUCCAGGGCAAUUACCGUCCACUUCCUUCCCUUGAAUUGAUGCCCUCCUUCCAGCCAAAGAGAAAAGCAUUCUCUUCACCCCAGGAAGAAGAAGAAGCUGGAUUCACUGGACGCAGAAUGAAUUCCAAGAUGCAGGUGUAUUCCGGUUCCAAGUGUGCCUAUCUCCCCAAAAUGAUGACCUUGUACCAGCAGUGUAUCCGUGUACUUAAAAACAACAUCGAUUCCAUCUUUGAAGUGGGAAGAGUCCCGUUUUCUAUUCUUGAACCUGUUUUGGAGAGGUGUACACCUGAUCAGCUAUAUCGCAUAGAGGAAUACAAUCACGUAUUAAUUGAAGACACAGAUCAAUUAUGGAAAGUUCAUUGUCACCGAGACUUUAAAGAAGAAAGACCAGAAGAGUAUGAGUCCUGGCGGGAGAUGUACCUGCGGCUUCAGGAUGCCCGAGAGCAGCGGCUACGAGUGCUAACAAAGAACAUCCAAUUUGCACAUGCCAAUAAGCCCAAAGGCCGGCGAGCAAAGAUGGCCUUUGUCAACUCUGUGGCCAAGCCACCUCGAGAUGUCCGCCGGAGGCAAGAGAAAUUUGGAACAGGAGGAGCAGCUGUCCCUGAGAAAGUCAAGAUUAAGCCAGCCCCAUAUACCACAGGAAGCAGCCACAUUCCUGCCAGCAGCAACAGCUUUAACCCCAUCUCUGAGGAGCCAGCCUAUGACGGCCCCAGCACCAGCAGUGCCCACUUGGUGCCAGUGGUCAGUAGUACCAUCUCCUAUGAUCCUAGGAAACCGGCUGUGAAGAAAAUCGCACCAAUGAUGGCCAAGACAAUUAAAGCUUUCAAGAACAGAUUCUCUCGACGAUAAACCAAGCACUUACUUUGGAGAUGGAAUUUGGGGGGCAAGAAUACAGGGACAAUGGGGGCUGGGGAGUGGGACUUCUAGAGGAGCCCAGAAGCUUACUUUGUGGAGCCUCUUGGCCUUGGAAUCCUGCAUGGUCGCAGGUGCUGCCCUGCACACCUACCUGUGCCCUGCCUGGAGCACACUUCAGAAUUCUGAAGACGAUGUGAAGCCUCAGUCUCACUGAGGAUUUUAAGGUCAAUUAUACUUUUGUUGUUAAUUAGCAUCUUUGUAAACUAUAAGACAUAGUUUUAAUUAAUAAAUAUUGCCCCCAGAUUGUAUUUAUAUUACCCCCCAGAGUUUUUUGGUUUUGGUUUUGUCCUCUACCACACUUAGCUUUUCAUUUUCCAGGUCCUUUAUUAAAGUUAGAUGAAGCCAUUCCCUGUCCCAGGGCAGUGCUCCUGAGUGCUCUCUGGUCCAGAGGGAUCUGGGUGUCCCCAGAGCCUGUGUGAUGCUCACUGCACUGAGAGCCAGGACCAGACCAUCACCCGGGGAGCCUCCUUGUGGGGAUGGCAGUGUUUGGGGGCUCCUCACACCGAGACCCUCCUCAGCGUUGCCCAGAGCCCUGUGCAGGCGCAUCCUCUCUCACCUGCUCGGUAGUGUUUAUUAAGGGAGGCUGUCUGUGAAGUCUAGAGUCCUCGCCUGUCUCUUCGCAAGUUCUUUUUGUUGGUUUUGCCUGUUAGGCUCACUAGAGGACCGGAACCUUGAGAGGAAUUUGCACAGACUCUCAACAAUUUAAUAUUCCACUUUUUGAUUCCCAUUUUAGGUGGUUUCUUUCUUCCUCCUCUGCCUUCUCCCCAUCAGCAUGGGGAUAAAACACAGAUGUGGCAGGGCUCUUUAUAGCCAGAAUACAACUUUGGAGUAAGCCAGCACUUUAAUCUCCUGUUCCCUGUGAAUUGCUACUAGAAGCAAAUGGUUUUUAAAGUUGUAAUGCUCUGUUGAAAGUUGCUUUUGUUUUUCCUUUUUCUUUGAAAGUAAGAUCAUGUAACUGCAAGAGCACAACAAUUUGCUCGUCGGGUAGAGAACUGCAGCCCUCUACCUUUUGGGUUGUGUUUCCCACAUCAGGAGGGCGGGGCCGCCUGGGGAGUGGGGAGCCUCAGGGCAUCCAUCAUGUUCAAGAAGGGAGGCUUUUGCUGACCUUUGGCUUAGGAGCAAAAUCAGGACCAGGAGGGCAGUGUCAGCUUUUUCCUGGCUGUUGAAGGACACGGGUAGUAGAUUUUAAGAUGCGCACAUUCAAGAAGCCUGCAAAGCAAACUGAGCUGGUAGGUUGUUAGUGUGACAGCCUGCUGAGCGUGGCCAUCAGUCCCUCCCACAAGCUCUCUGAAAGCCCAGAAUACAGAGGCCACUGUUUUAACCCCCCAGGACACCCCCAUCGGGCUACCUUGGAGAUUCCAGGGCUGUGCCGGAAACCUGCUCAGCAGAAGUUCUGCAUCCUCCAGUGUGCAUUGCUGUGUCUUAAUUUGCUGUAUUUCUGAAUUGGGUAAAUUUCUUUCCCUUGAUUGCUUAUUUUCACCAGUACACCCCUAUUUUCUAGCCUGAUUCCCAAAUCUAAUAUUAGAAAGUCUUUUACCUGAAACCAAGUGAACACUUGGAUCAGGUGCCAGGCACCUGCUACCUAGCUAGCUUCCUGUAAGUGUGCACCAUCUGAAUUUGUCUCUUAUUGGUGUCUCCAAAUCUUUGUCAUUGAACCAGUUUUGCAUAUUUCAUUUGAGUAUGAAUUCCUCUCAUUAGGAGUCUGUAGGCAGGAAAGGACAUAAAUUUGUUCAUUCCAAUGUCAGUAUCCGCUUCUGGCACAUAAGAUUUCUUGUUUGUGUAGAGCCAGGUCUUCCUCCGUCCCCCUCUGAGUGUCUGCAUCAAGGAUGUGACUUGGUGAGAAGAGGACACACUGAACUUCUAGAUGACCCCCUCACCCAGCUUACCAAAAUGGCUGCAGAGCAGACGCAAAAUGAUGUUGAACCUUUGGUCUCAUUUGUGAAAACUUGUGCAAUUUUUUUCUGUUCUACACUACACGUGAAUCACCAGAUAACAGAUUAGUCCUUUGUGAUCCCUGGUGUGAUGAGCAGGGUCUCUGAGGCUUUUUCUUUCUUGGAAGUGGGAGGGGAAGGAGCAAGGUGUAAUCCUGCUCUUCAUUUGUAUUUUGGUCCCAAAAUGUAAAUACAAUUUUCUAUGUUACUUUUUUGUGGUAACUACCAAGAUGAAUAUUUUAAUUAGAUAAGUUAUACAAAAAGGAAAAUCCCACGUCUAAAUAAAAAACAAAAAAAUUCUG